CUAUACCAGACGAAAUGCUCUUGGUUUGACAUUGAGUUGACACAAACAAAAUCAAAACCCUCUGAACCCUUUACUUUACGUGCCUAUGUGUCAGCGUAGUUUGGUUUUUCAAGCGUUACAAAAGCCGGCUAGUCCCAAGACGAAGAGGAUACCAACUAUAAACCUUUCAUUUCCUAUUAGUGGAUUCCUAUCGUGGACGGAAAAAAAAUGGAACAGUUUGAACCAGUAACUCACGUCCUUUUCGAUAUGGAUGGCUUAUUACUAGAUACAGAAACUUUGUACACGAUCACCAUACAGCAGAUUGCCGAUCGAUACGGAGGUAAGAUUUUUACAUGGGAGAUGAAAAGUCGGCUAAUGGGGAUGAUGGGGAGAGAAGCUGCAGUCGCCAUCGUUGAAACUUUAGAUCUUCCAAUCGAGCCUGAGGAGUACAUGUCUUCGUCGCAGAAAAUUAUGUCGCAGAUGUUUCCUUCUUGUAAAUUCUUACCAGAUUCGGAGGAGAUUUACUCACGGGCCAUUCAAGAGGUAUCCGACCGACAUGGAGGCAAGGCCUUCACCUGGGAGCUCAAAGUUCGCCAAAUGGGACUAGUAUCGGCAGAUUUAGCUGCUCUAGUCGUCAAAGAACUGCAGCUUCCCAUAACGGCUGAAGAAUACUUGGCGGAAGUCGGGCCCGUCAACGUUAGGCUCUUUCCGAGUGCCAACUUGAUGCCAGGUGCCGAGCGUCUGUUGCGCCACUUGCACUCGAAAGGAGUGCACAUCGCAGUUGCCACGAGCAGCAGCCGCGAAAAUUUCAAACUGAAAACCACUCACCACGGAGGUGUUUUUCAGCUGUUCAAGCACAUUGUGACUGGCAGCUCAGAUCCGGAAGUGAAGGCCGGCAAACCAGCUCCUGAUAUUUUCCUGAUUUGCGCUUCUCGAUUUCCCGAACCCGCUCCUCAUCCGUCAAAGUGCCUAGUGUUUGAGGAUGCCCCGAACGGAGUGAAAGCCGCACGAGCUGCCGGAAUGCAAGUAGUGAUGGUUCCCGAUCCUCGCAUGGAUCCGCUCUUGACUCAAGAAGCCACUCUUGUACUCAAAUCGCUGGAGGAAUUCAAACCGGAACUUUUCGGUUUACCUGCCUUUGACUAAAAAAUUAAAACGAAACUAGGUUUACUGUUAGUAUUUGGCAAUUUACUAUCUGGUCUCUUUUAUUAUUGAAGAGGUGCAAACUGUCACGUCAACCGCACGACAGGGUUAUGGGUCUCACGCGUCAUUUUUUCCACCCUUUUUUGUGUGCAACUGCAAGCGUGCUCUAACUUUCAUUUUAGUUUUUCGUGUGACUUCACAAAUACACGUCUAUUAAAGCCUGUUA